AUGGACAAGCCACCCUCAUUUCAACCCUCGUCGAACAACAAGAAGUCGUCGUCGCGCGGAACAGCGAACUACAUUUCCUCCUCAGGCCACGUCCUCGAGACACCCCCUCUCUCGGCGCGCCUCUCGCGCCUCUCCGACGACGUCUACAACUUCCUCGGUCUGUACUUCGUCUCCCUCUUCUCCCUCGACCCCUACACCGCGGCGCAGAACAGCCAGUUCAACACCCGCGGGCGGCCAAAUGCGUAUCAGGAGCGCCCGCGCUGGGGAGGGGCCAGCACUCGUCUUGGCGGCGGAGCCGGUGCUGGAGGAGGUGGACCAGGGAGUAGUUGGGGAAGAGGCGGUGGUGGUGGUGGGAGUGGGAGCGGCAGUGGUGGGUUGAGGAGGAUGGGCGGCAUUGAUGACGUCCGCGCGCCCGAGUGUGGAAGCUGUGGAUGA